AUGGAGGAUUAUCAGGGAAAGACACCUGAGAAAUUCUCUGUGAAUGGACUCGUUGCCACGUGCAAGUGGACAAGCAUCGUAUCGGGGUUCUUCACUCUCGUUUUGUGGGUCGUCCACUGCUUCGACUUGACUUCCUCGCUCGAGUACGACUCCCGGGACUUCUUCAAAGAUGUGAACUCUCGUAGCUGGCGAAAAGGCGUCUUCUCCCUGGACUCCGAUGUUUUCUGCGACGCCUGGACGCCUUUCAUCAUGGGGAUGAUGACCAUCUUGAUGCACAGCCAUAAAUUUCACAUGCCCUUUAUCACCCGGAACUGGAUCCGGUUUGGGGUCUGGCACACGCUGGUUUGUCUGUUUGGGAAUAUGGGGUACAACGGCUUGGCAGGGAUGCUCGUCGGUUCCCUCACUGCUCUCACAGCUGCUCUCUCCUUCCUCACUUUCUGCGUCCAUAGCGGCCCUGCUCACCUUUUCGAAGAAUCGACUGGCGGACCGCAGGUCACGCGUUUCUAUGCCGCUUGGGCGCGGAGGGGGCAGAGUGUGAAGAGCGUGUCGCUUCACCUGACAGGGAAACGAACUGACAAGACUCUUGCUUCUGGGGGAGACAGAUUUCCUCCAAAGCCAGAAGCUGCACAGACGCCUGGAGAGGACCUAGAAGAGGUCCCGGCGAAGUCCGGAGAUGCAUGAGACGUAGCUCCUUUCCCUUCAAUUGAAAAUGCGAGCAACGUCGGUCAUGGCCCACAACCGAGGCAACUUGCAACGUGGACAUGCAUGCGUCAACAGCUACAACUACAAGUAAAUGAAUAUGUUUUUUGCUUGUUUUGCUGCCAGGGGUCAUGAGUAGCGAAAGGCCACUAUCUGGUUCACCAUGAGAACAAUGCAGAAGCGAAGUGGCUUGCACAGCGUAUCUGCAGGCACACGCACAUUUGUCGUGGAGUCGAAAUAAAAACACAUAUAUAUUUAGAUAUAUAUAUUUGGACAGCCUUGGAGCCAUUCGAGAAAACGAAACACUUAUAUAUAUAUAUAUAUAUUAUUUUAAAUAUAUAAUUAUAUAUAUGUAUAUAUACAUAUAUAUAUGGAUAUAUUUUAUAUAGUUAUAUCUU